CCCCUCCCAGGCCGCCCUGGGAACCCGCGGCUCAGAGACGCCGCCAGUUUCGGGGCUGGGGUGGGGGCAGGGAGCCACACCCCUGCGAAACCGAGCUUCGAAGAGGAGGCCCCGAAGCUGCCCAACCUCCGCUCAGAACCCAGAGGGUGGGGAGGACAAUUCAAGGAGCGGAAAAUUGUGCUGGCCCUCCAGCCCACAUGGGCUGACUCACGCUCAGCUCUGGGCUGGGGGCCCUGUGAGCUCCCCACAGUUCCCCUGGGGCCAGAGGGGAGGCCAGGCCCUGGCAGCUGGAGCAGGAGAGGGUCUACGGCUCCGUGCACACCCCUGCCUGGUGACCUCCAUUGGUGCUCCAGCGCGAACAUGGUGCAGAGAUACCAGUCUCCUGUCCGAGUCUACAAGUACCCGUUUGAGCUGGUCAUGGCGGCCUACGAGAAGCGCUUCCCCACGUGCCCACAGAUCCCAGUCUUCCUGGGCAGCGAGGUCUUGCACGAGUCCCGCAGCCCGGACGGGGCUGUGCACGUGGUGGAGCGGAGCUGCCGGCUGCGCGUGGACGCCCCGCGGCUGCUGCGGAAGAUCGCAGGUGUUGAGCACGUGGUCUUCGUGCAGACAAACAUCUUGAACUGGAAGGAGAGGACGCUCCUCAUCGAAGCGCACAAUGAGACCUUCGCCAACCGCGUGGUGGUGAACGAGCACUGCAGCUACACGGUCCACCCUGAGAAUGAAGACUGGACUUGCUUCGAGCAGUCUGCCUCACUGGACAUUCGGUCUUUCUUUGGCUUUGAAAAUGCCUUGGAGAAGAUUGCCAUGAAGCAGUACACCGCCAACGUCAAGAGGGGGAAGGAGGUGAUUGAGCAUUACCUGAAUGAGCUCAUCUCCCAGGGUACCUCGCACAUUCCGCGCUGGACGCCUGCCCCAGUCCGUGAGGAGGAUGCCCGCAACCAGGCUGGACCGAGGGACCCCAGCUCCCUGGAGGCCCACGGGCCCAGUAGCACCCUGGGGCCCGCUCUGGAGGCGGUCAGUAUGGACGGGGACAAGCUGGAUGCGGACUACAUUGAGAGGUGCCUGGGCCACCUCACGCCCAUGCAGGAGAGCUGCCUGAUCCAGCUUCGGCACUGGUUACAGGAGACCCACAAAGGCAAGAUUCCUAAAGAUGAGCACAUCCUUCGGUUCCUGCGGGCUCGUGACUUCCACCUGGACAAGGCCCGGGAAAUGCUGCGCCAGUCCUUGAGCUGGCGCAAGCAGCACCAGGUGGAUCUCCUCCUUCAGACCUGGCAACCCCCUGCCCUGCUGGAGGAGUUCUAUGCAGGGGGCUGGCAUUACCAGGACAUAGAUGGCCGCCCCCUCUACAUCCUCCGCCUGGGCCAGAUGGACACCAAAGGCUUGAUGAAGGCCGUGGGGGAGGAGGCGCUGCUGCGGCAUGUUCUCUCCGUCAACGAGGAAGGACAGAAGCGGUGUGAGGGGAGCACAAGGCAGCUGGGCCGUCCCAUCAGCUCCUGGACCUGCCUGCUAGACCUGGAGGGACUCAACAUGCGGCACCUGUGGCGGCCGGGGGUGAAGGCCCUGCUGCGGAUGAUUGAGGUGGUUGAGGACAAUUACCCAGAGACCCUGGGUCGGCUGCUCAUCGUGCGAGCCCCCCGAGUCUUCCCCGUGCUCUGGACACUGAUCAGCCCCUUCAUCAACGAGAACACCAGGCGGAAGUUCCUCAUCUACAGUGGCAGCAACUACCAGGGACCCGGAGGCCUUGUGGACUAUCUGGAUAGAGAAGUGAUCCCUGACUUCCUUGGGGGAGAGAGUGUGUGUAAUGUCCCCGAAGGAGGGCUGGUCCCCAAGUCCCUCUACAUGACAGAAGAGGAGCAGGAGCACACGGACCAGCUGUGGCAGUGGAGUGAGACCUACCAUUCAGCCAGCGUGCUCCGCGGAGCCCCCCACGAGGUGGCCGUGGAGAUCCUGGAAGGGGAGUCGGUCAUCACCUGGGACUUUGACAUCCUGCGAGGGGACGUGGUGUUCAGCCUGUACCACACCAAGCAGGUGCCCAGGCUGGGCGCCCGGGAGCCGGGGACCAGGGCCAGCGGGCAGCUGAUCGACAAAGGCUGGGUCCUGGGCAGGGAUUACAGCCGUGUGGAGGCUCCCCUUGUCUGCCGGGAGGGGGAGAGCAUCCAGGGCUCCCAUGUGACCCGGUGGCCCGGCGUCUACCUGCUCCAGUGGCAAAUGCACAGCCCCCCCGGCAGCGUGGCCUGCAGCCUCCCGGGUGUGGACGAUGUCCUGACGGCUCUGCACAGCCCCGGGCCCAAGUGCAAACUUCUCUACUACUGUGAGGUGCUCGCCUCUCAGGACUUCAGGGGCUCCAUGUCCAGCCUGGAAUCCUGCACCAGCGGCUUCUCCCAGCUCAGCGCCGCCACCUCGUCCUCCUCCGGCCAGUCUCAUAGCAGCUCCCUGGUCUCCAGAUAGCCGGGCCCAGUGUUUCAGGGCCGCCCGCUCGCCUCCAGUGUCCAGAAAUGUCCAGAAUGAGAAGCCAGCUAACUGCAGGGCCUGGGACCAUGUGGGCUGGAGCCCCAGGCCUAGAUGCUGCUCAAGUUGGGGUGUCUGGAGCGGAUGGCAGGGAUCUAGAACUGGCCUGUGCGUGGUGUCAGGGCUCUUGAAAUUGCAAGGACAGAACCAUCUCCUUCCAGCUUCGUGUAAGGAAGACCAAGCCAAGGCCAAGGUGUCUACCAUACCACACCUUUGGGACAUCCGGGCUUAGCGACGUCAGCCAGGCCCAUCUCCUCUCUGUCCACCUCUUGCUCUGCUUUCGCCAUGCAGGGGACCAUCACUAUUAGGUGCCCUUCUCCUCCCCGCAGCUCGCCUGCAUAAGAGAGCCUCUUCCUCCCAAAGGCUCCAGCCCACUUCCCAGAGCUGAGUCUUAGCCUGGAAGGGGGGUGAUUGCCAGGUCAAUUCCUGAACCAAUCACAGUUGCCAGGCACACUGGAGAAUGCUGAUUGGCCAGCAGGGUCAUGCCCAAUCUGGACCAAUCACUGUGAUCCAGGGUUGCAGUGAGGUACAGUGAUUGGCCAGCCUGGAUCACAUGCACAUCUCUGGAACCAACCACCUGCUCUCAAAAGCACUAGUGGGUGCCUCGAGGAGUACUGGGGUCCCCCCUAAGAAGAAGGGGGAAGGAUGCUGGGGAGGCAGAAAUGAAGGGUGUUUACCUUGGCAUCUGAUUGCAUAACGUUCUGUUAUGCAGUAUCAAGAUGUGCUUGGUGAGCAGUUAAGUGAGUUACAGGUGCUGCUCUUUGUGGGGAACAGCACAUCCUGAACUGAAAAUCCAUGUCCCCUGCACUUGGCCAGCAUGGCCUAACCCUGACCAUCCCUGAUUGGAGAGGGUGGGAGAGCCCUGGGUUUCUGCUAAGUUCCAGGCAGCGAUGGGGUGACUGAGGCUGUCUGUAUACCCACUGGAGAUGCCUUUCUCUCCUAGGGAACGGUUUAAUUAUGACUGUUUUUGGUUGUAAGCCACAGAGACCCAUGCCCAGGUGCUUCAACACAAAAGCGUGAUCAUUCAUGGGUGCAUAGAACUGCCCAGUCCAGGAGGGCUUGCUUCAGGUAAGGCUAGAUCCAGGGUCUCAACAUGGAGUCUCGACUCCCCCCGCGAGUGGAGGCUGCUGUGUCUGCCCUGGGGCAGAUAUGACUCUGGAACUAGGUUCAAUAUUGACAUGAGUUUCCCUAGUGACUACACGGGAGUGUCUUGGGUCUCCUUAGGGCCUGAGGACAUUUCUCCUUUCCUUUCCUGGACUCCCCAAAAGGCAGCCAGUCAGGGGUCACCAACUUGAAGCCUGAUCUGGCCUGCUUUUAGUGUUGCUUUUUUGCCUUUAGAAUGGUUUAAAAAUUGAGGCAUUUCGCAUCGAAAUCAGGAUUUCUGGCUUCCCUUAGGCAUUUGGGAGCACCAGCAGAAUGGGGUCACUAUUGUUGCAUGAAGACAACACCUCUGCACCCCUGGAUGCGGCCACGCCAGUCCCUACCCCAUCGACUUGCGCCCAGCCCACAUUACACAUCCUCAUGACCUGCGUGGCAGGAGCCGCACUGACAUGGCUCUGUCAGCAGUGGCUGGUACCCUUGUCUCCUGGCCUUGCUUAGAGUUGGGGCUUAUCUCUGCUGCAGUAACUGAGCCAAGGGGUGGUUUUGUGGCCACAAGAAGCAUCUUUAUGCAGGCUCAGCAAUGCAGGGCCAGGAGACUUAUAUCUACGCCAGCCUCAACCCCAAACCCAAGGAAGAGAGAAAGUGUCAUUUUUUCAGAUACAUCCUUCUUCCUGCUGGGAGAGAGCCUUGCCCACCUUCCUGUUGGCUCUCUGUCCGCUUCUCAGGUAUCUGAACAAAAUAGAUUGCUUUGCACUCUGGGUCAAGGUGUGUGUGCACAUGUGUGCAUAAGAGACCGACUGAUUGGAAGGAGACGUUCUCAAAACUAAUUGCUCCCAUAUCACCAGGCAUUUAUUGCUGAGAGCAACUUGCAGUAUUUUCAACUAUCUUUAAGUGAAUUUCUAGCUUUUCUCUUAAAAACUAGGUGUUAUCCUACAAGUAUGCUGGGAUAAGCUGCCCUGGCAGUCUUCAUACAUUUAUUGUCUAGCCCCAGAGAAGGACACAGAAGCCUUUUACGGGAGGAAGCUGGAACUGCCUGUUCCAGAGGCGGGUGGGGGGAGGGGGGUCUGCUAUCAGCUGUCCACCGUUAACAGUGGGGGUGAGGAACCUCAGGCCAUUUCAGUUCUGCUCCUGAGAGUGCUCUCUCCCUAGGGAAAACCAGCCCAAACUGGCUUAAGCAACAAAGCGAAUUCCCUGGGUCCUGUACUGGGGAUGGCUGAAGGUGGGUGCUGCUUCAGGUAUGGCUGGAUCCAGGAGCUUAAUGUCCUCAGGCCUCUCAACUGCACCCAGGCCUCUUGACUCUGCAUCUCUUUGCAUGCUGACCUCAUUCUUUCUUCCACCUGGCGGGAAAGAUGGCUGCCAGCAGCCCCAAGCCUAUAACUUCAGGAUUCACACUCUAAGAGACGCUUUUCCAUCUCAAAUCUCAUGGAAGGCUCUGAUUGGCCCAGCUCGAGUCACAUGCUUGUUCCUGUGGGCCACACUGGCAAGGAACUAGGGUCCUGUGAUUGACAUUCCCUGCAGAAGCAGAAGCAGGAUUGGGGAGGGCCAGUCCCCCAAUGGACAAGAGAAGCUGGACCACAGAACCAGCAGGUAUCCAUGGUGGCAUCUGCUACGGCCGGCUCUCCUCCCAUGUGGAGGUCUCAGGGACCCACCUGGAAGCAUUAUCAAGGUCAUUCUUCUUGCCUUUGGGAGGCCUGGAAUUAAAAAUAAUCCAAGGAAGGGAUUGCCAAGCUUUUGGCUUUUCAAUUUCCCCUGAGCCACAAAGGCUGGAAGUGCCUUGGCUUGAGCUUCUUGCAUCAUUAGUUCAUUAAUCCAUUGUGACCAGGACAGAAGCAACCCACAAGCAGCAUUACUGUUGGUGUUUGGGCACCUGGGCCUUGAAUUUAGGCCAGGACUCAAACCCCAGCCUUCCUUUCACUAGCUGUGUAACCUUGACCAGGUGACUUAACCUCUCUGUGCCUCAGUUUCCUCAUCUGUAAAGUGAGGAUAGCAGUGCCUACCUCAAUAGGUUGUAGUGGGACAAAAUGAGGGAGUAGCUGUAAAGCUUUCAGCACAGCUCCCAGAACACAGAAAGCGCUCCAUUAAUGUCAGUGGUCAUUCUGAUUACUUAAUGCUUCUCAUCCAAAGACUCGUUUUCUUCCUGAGGUCGCCUAUCCCUGUUUUUCAUUAUUGCACCCAGAGAAAAGUAGGUGUCAAGAAUUAUUGCCCUCUGAGUUGGGUGUGCAGUCUUUCUCUUUUAGAAACUGCUUGUGUGGGCGGGGCGUGGUGGCUCAUGCCUAUAAUCCCAGCACUUUGGGAGGCUGAGGCCGGCUGAUCGCUUGAGUGCAGGAGUCCAAGACCAGCCUGGGUAACAUAGUGAGACCCUGUCUCUACAAAAAAUUAAAAAAUGAGCCAGGCGUGGUGGUGCGCGCCUAUAGUCUCAGCUGCUCGGGAGGCUGAGGCAGAAGGAUUGCUUGGGGUCAAGGCUGGAGUGAGCCAUGAUCUCACCCCUGUACCUCAUCCUGGGUGACAAAGCAAGACCCUGUCUCAAAAACAGAAGAAAGAAGCUGCUUGUGUUUUCUGGGUAAGUCCACCCAUCUGAGGGAGUGUAUUCUGAGUGGUAUUUCCCUUGGCAGUUAGAAAAUGUUUUUUCCCAGAGGUUGAAAUAUGGAGAGUUUGAGACUCUUUUUUUCUACCCUGCACUCUCUGGAAUUCCCCCUCCCUGCUGUAAAAUUUAUUGUCCAAUGAGAAUAGUAUAAUUCUUUUCAACAAAGUCUCUUUGAGCCAGUGAAACACGAUGGGUUUUUUUUUUUUGUUUGCCUGAUCAUUUGCUCCAACCAGCAGCAUUAAAUGUUUUCCAUUUGGAUAAACUUGCAUCAUCAGCUUCCUAAAACCCUGGAGGUUUCCCGUGGGCUCGUUCAAGAAUUUUCCAGCUGUUGUUUAAAAGACUUUUAGAGCGAGCUUGUUCAGCCUGUGGCCUGCAGGCUGCACGCGGCCCCGGACUGCUUUGAAUGUGCUCCAACACGAGUUCGUAAACUUUCUUAAAACACU